AUAAAUUAAGAUUUAAGCUGUGAGCGACAUAAGUUUGUUCACUGUCUUGUAACAAGCAACUUCAAUCAAAAUGUUCAAAUACUUGGUAUUCUUCACCCUCUUGGCUGUUGCCUUCGCCGUAGCGUCUGCCGACCCCGCACCAGCCCCCAAACCACUCGUCUACUCCUCCUAUGGAGCAGUCCCUGUAGCCUACUCUGCUCCCUAUCCAUACGCUGCUGGCUACUAUGGAAGUGUGUUUUAUUAAGCUACAACCACCACCGAAGGAAAGGAACUACUACGGCUAUGAUUUGUAAAUUUUCACCCACCUAAAUUGUUUAAUUUGUUUGUUAGAAACAAAUACGUUAAAUAUAUUAUGAAUUUUAUCAUA